AAAAAAUUACGUCAGAUUUACUGCUCUCUGCUCUGCUCCUGUAUUGACAGUUGUAUUAUCUAUGAUCACUGUAUUAAAAGUCUAUUGCUGAUUGCUGCAGUAUUUUUAAUAGUAUUUAUUUUAUAAACAGUUUUAUUUGUACAUUGUGAUUUAUGCACGAAUAUAAAUUAAUAUGUCUGUCACCAGAAAGUUUUUUAGUUAUAACGACGGUGCAGAGGCAGGAGCGUUCUACAAAGAUCAUGAGCAGCAGUAUACGCUUACUCCUUUCAUAGUUACGUUUUGUGAAGAUACCCUUGCUGAUAUAGAUGUACAAAACUUCUUAGAAGCAGGACUCAAGAUUAUAAGGUUCAGGAUGACUCACAAUAUAAACGAAAAAGUAGUAAUGCACGAAAUGUUAAAAUCUGCCAUAGAACUUUGCUGCCUGAAAUAUGAAGUCUCCGCUUGGCCAGUGGCCACCAUGAUUGAUUUGCCAAAUGCACUUGUGCGAACAGGUUAUAUAAAAGAGGAAUUAAACACUUCAGCUUUACACUUCAAAAAAGGCCAUGUUGUAGAAAUCACUUGUGACGACAAGUACUGGAAUAAAUGUGACUUAAGUCGAAUUUAUAUAGAUGACCCACAAAUGAUGGAUAUGAUCAAGCCUAAACAAGAAAUAUGUAUACCCGUGGCAUCAUUGAAUUUAAUAUGCACCGAAAUAAUCAAUAAACAAACUAUAAAGUGUGAAAUAAUAUCGAAUGGUCGUGUAGCAAAUUACCAAGUAGUUUGUUUCCGCGGCCUAAGAUUGAAAAGACCACCAUUAACUAACCAAGACUUGAACCUGCUUAAUUAUGCUAAAGAAAAUGAGGCAACUGAUGGUAUUGUGCUAGCUAGAGAAUACAUAUCUGAAUCAAUAUUAAAUAUAAAUCAAAUGCAAGCUAUACAGCUAAGUAUAUGUGCAAAGUGCAAGCGGGUUGGUAAGCCCAUCUUUAUCUCGGGAGACAUCUUCGAUGAGACAGUUACGAGUGGCGGCUUAUCAUACAAUGAAGUCGAUGACGUAACGAAUAUUAUUUUACAAGGAGCUGGACUUAUGUUCCGCAGUACUCACAGUCCCGCAAAUGUUUUAAAGAGCUUAUAUCUUCUUAAUUACAUAAGCAGCACCGUUGAGCAAUAUAUAGAGGAAUAUCACUGGAGAUUAAUCAUGGAGUUAAAGCCUCCUGUAAAUGCCGCCGAAGCCGCAGUUAUUGCCUGCGCAAUCGCUGCUCGCCAAAUCAAUGCCACGGUGAUCAUCGUUUUGACCAAGACGGGCAAAACGGUUAAGCAACUCUCCCGUAUAACACCAAAGUCCUUCAUCGUAGCUGUGGCCACAGAUGUCAGCAUUGUCGAGCAGCUGUACCUGUUUCACGGCGUCAUACCAAUUAUAUAUGAUAGGAAAGAAAAAGAAGAUUGGUAUAUGGGUAUAAAAAGGCGAAUCGAAUUUGCUGUAGAACACUGCGUAAAUCACGAACUUCUAAAGCACCAUCAACCUUACGCUGUACUACGUAAGGCAUCUCCAGAAAGCGCAUACUGCGACCAAUUCAGCCUGUAUACAGUAAAACGCAAAUUCUAAGAAAAACCAGUUAGUUUUAUAAGCUGUAGCUGAUAUUGUAUUAUUCUCCUAUAAUCAUUCUUUUAUAUUCUUUUAUAAUGUUACUUUAUGACGAAAGUUAUUUACAGACACUGUGUUCCUUAGAAUUUAGAAACACAUUCCUGUUAUGUCAUUUACAAAAAAUCAGGUGAAUAUUUCCAGAUAUCUACCUAUCUAUUCCAGGUCAAAAUUGAGGUUGCAAUGAAAUGUACUCCUUGACAAAAAAUAUGUUGAUAAGUAACAAAAAAAAGAUGUUCGACGACAGUAAUAUUUUUAUUUCAUUUUUUUUAUAUGUAUUUUCUAUUUGUUAUUCAUACAGACCUUUAUCAGUAGUUUUUAGAAUACAUAAUUUAUGUUAUAAUAAAAUUAUUUGGU